AUGAGAUAUUUUUUUUCUCUCAUGUUUGGUGAGAAUAAUUAUUUAAUCAGUUUUUAUCUCUUUGUUAUUCAUCAUUUACCGAUGGCAUCACAAGUUGUUCAAUCAGUUACAGCAAUGAAUGCUCUUAAUAAUAAUAAUAAUGAUAAACACCAACAAAUUAAACGACAAUUGUCACAGUGUGCCUAUCCUCAUAAUCAAUUUGGUGGUAAACAAAGAAUAAGAAGACUAAAGUCAAUUAAACAAUAUGAAAAUACUGUUGCCAACCGAGUUUAUCAAUUUAAUAGAUUAAUAAUAAUAACAAAUCAACUACUCCUCCUUUUUGGUCAUAAAAUAAUGUUACAAGAUCUAUUUCAUCUACUUUAUUAUUUUCCUUCUACUUUAUCCUCCUCUAGGAACUUUGUUCAAUUAUAA